AUUACCAUUACAGCUUAUCUAGAGUUCAGAAAAUACAUUUAUAGUCAAUAGCAACCACUUUAGCAAAUCAUCCAAUGAGAGGCAGACAAACUGUAUAACUGAUCUGACAUAAGUGACUGAUGCCAGACAGAGAAGAGAGGUUCCAAUUCAAUCGUCUCAGCAACAGGUUUAAAGUCAAUGAUUACAAUGAUUACUUUACUGGGCAUUUCCAUUGCAAUAUUGUCACUGGCAAAUAAUUGCAAAGGAGAAAAUUGUUUAUCAGGAUAUUAUCACAAGUCAUCGUCUGGUCCUGAGCCAGGAAUGAGGGAGUGCAGCUGGUUCUCUGAGUCUUCAUGCUGCUUUUCAAACUAUACUGAACUGCUUGCUGUAUCCCCAGUGUCUAAGGUAGUUGAUACAUAUUGGGACCGAUGUGGAAACCUUAGUCUAAGGUGUGAAGAGUACAUGAAAAAAAUAGAUUGUUUCUACCAUUGCUCACCCCUCGCCUACAACUGGAUCAAUCCCAAUAACUCAUAUUCAAUUUUUCACGUCCCAAUCUGCGAGAGCUUUUGUGAUGAUUGGUUUGCAGCUUGCAUGAAUGAUAGGACCUGUGUGAGAAAUUGGAUUACUGAUUGGCAAUGGGACGAGCAUGGAAAUAACUGCGUAAAUGAAUGUAUUCCCUACCGUGAGAUGUAUAGGAAUGGAAAGGAUCUCUGUGAAAACAUGUGGGGUACAUCUUUCAAAGUGCCUUCAUGCCCUUGUGACUGUCUGAUGAUGGACCAUGAUGAUAACAAUGUGGUCCAACACCUACAGCUCCACAACAGUGGAAUAUCAAACCCAGCAGAAGCUUUGGACAGAGAAAACGAUGAAGCCUUCUGCCAGCAGAGGCAGAAAAGUCUGCGUGAAAGGAAAGAAAGGAAUAAGAACAGAUAAGCAUAGUAGAACUGAAGACAUUUCUGACCAGGAAAUUACUUGAAGAAUCAGGCAUGAUGUUUUGGACAGACAGCAAUGUAACAGUUUUACCAUCUAAUAAACAAAGUCAAGAAAAA